AUGGCCUCUACCCAGCUCUCAGGGCAGACGGGCACCGUCUUCGCCGCGUGGACGCUGAUGCUGCUCGCAGCCGCCUUCUCCGCACCCGCAGCUGCGGCUCUCGAGCUGCCCUCGUUCGUGCGCUCGACGCUCAACGUCAAGCAGCCCGUAGGCGCGACGGCGUACCAGGCGAAUCAGCCGUACGAUGGCAUCGAAAUUCCGCUCACUGGCCGCUUCGUCUUCCGACCCGCGCUGUUCUGGCUCGAGGGCGGUGUGCUCGGCUUCUGCGUGCUCUUCAUGCUCAUCCACCUCGUCGGCAAGACGCGCAACCGCCAGAUGGCACAGCGAUUCGCCACGGCUGCGGCUCCCGUGCUUCAGCAGGAGUUUGCCGUCGUCGCCGACAACGAAGGCAAGGGCAGCCUGCUGUGGAACGGCGGCAAUGCGGCGUUCAUGUUCGCCUCGGGUCGCCGUGGAUGCGCGAGCCUUCAGGUGACGUUCGAUAUGGUGCCCCGACACGACCCGAUGGAGAUCGUAUACACGCUGCUCAAGGAUGUCGUGGUCGCUUCCACCUCGUCCUCCUUCCGCGAUACGGUCACCUUUACCUUCACGCUACCUCCCACGUCGGACAACGUCUCGGGCGUGUUUGCGCUCGUCAACAAGAGCGCGCUGCAGCACACGCGCAGCGGCCGCUUCGACCUCACGUUUGCCAAGGUCAACGACACCGAUGCCACCGUCACCUCGCGUGGGCUGUCCAAGCAGUGGGCGGUGAUGAGCGAGGCUACGGACCUCACCGACGGCUUCCUCGGCGAGGCGGAUCAGAAGGGUGUUGCGCAGCGCGCCAAGCUCGGCCUGGUCGACCUUCUCGAAGGCAAGGCGGGCCAGCUGCUCGACAGCCUCGUGCUGACCGACCAGCCUUUCUCGCGACCUACCAACGGCCCCAUUGCGGCCGAGAAGCGCGAGCGCCUGCUCAUCAUCACGCUGCAGCUGCCCAAGUCGCACGCGAACGUGCGCAAGGCGAUCGAGCUGCUCCAGUUCGGCUGCAACCUCGUCGACGCGCUCGACACGGGUGUGGUGAAGCUGCGCAACGAGACGCUCGCCAAGCUGCGCAAGACGCGCGCCCAGGUCGACAAGGAGCUGCACGACGAGGCCACCAAGGAACAGCGCGAGGCAGAACUCGAGGCGCGGGAAGAGGCAAAGCGCAAGGCCGAAAAGGAAAAGUUCGACAAGCUCUCGCCCGCCGAACAGGCAAAGCGCAGGGAGGUCGAGCGCAAGCGCGCCAUGAAAAAGGGCGCCCAGAAGGUGCGCUCCGGUUGA